AUGUGGUCGGAAAAGAGUGAUAUUGUUGUAGUGUACAUGCUACAGAAGAUAUUUACAAGAACAUAUGGAGAUUUGCAAGAAGACAUUUACAUGCUACAACCUAAAAGUUUCAUUGAAGAUGCAGCAAAGCUAGUUCAUGCUUAUGCGCCAACUUAUGGAAAGCUCCACUACGACGCUGACGAGCCCUGGGCUGUCCGCGCCUGGGAAGGUUAUUAUGACUUGGAGACAGUUGCUUUGCAUGAGAUUGGUCACCUUCUCGGACUUGGUCAUAGCUUGGUGGAGAGAGCUAUCAUGUACCCUUACAUCUCUUCUGGAGUUACCAAGCUGGAUUUGGAUCAUGACGAUAUUCAUGGAAUUAGAGCUCUAUACAAGUCUUGA